GUGUAAAAUGAAAUAUAAUCUUCAUAAUGUUAUUGUUAAAUAAAUUUUUUUUUUCAGCUGAAGAAUUAGGAAUCAAAGACACACUGCCGGCCUAUUUGGACUCAACGGUGGCGUCUGCAGAUCUCAUAACAGGAGUCACGUUUGCUUCAGGCGGCGCAGGAUAUGAUCCCUUGACAUCAAAAUUAGCCUCGGUCAUUUCCUUAGCUGAUCAAUUGGAAUACUUCAAAGAAUAUAUAGAGAAGCUGAAACGACUUGUCGGAGAAGAAAAAACACAAUUCAUCUUAAGCAAUAGCUUGUAUUUAGUGGUGGCAGGCAGCGACGACAUAGCCAACACCUAUUUUAUUCUACGUGCUAGAAAAUUACAAUAUGAUGUUGCUGGCUACACCGAUCUUAUGGCUAAUUAUGCUUCUACUUUCGUCCAGGUAAAUUUUUGCAAAUUAUUUUCUCCAAUUACUACAACGUGUAGAAGCUAAUGGCAGACUAAGAGAUAGUCGGAAAGAUAUUUUUUUGUUAAAAUUCUGUUUAUUUGUCGAAUUUUUUUGAU